AGGCGGACGAAGGCACGGCCCCUAUUUUUAUUGAUAUAUUUAGUUGACCGGCUAUGAGUGUCUGUUUAGUUGCCGUAGCAAGGGACGAUACAGUGCGUGAUGAAUUUCUCCAGAAUGGUUUGUCGUGCUUUUUGUUUGUUUUCAAUUAGAGUUAAACAGAAAACCCAGAGGCUGCGAAUGCGAAGCAUUGUAUUCUAAGAUGAAAACUAAUACAAAUCAAAGAGAAAUCUAUCAGUCACUAAUCGAGUGUGGCAAAGCUGACAGUACUGUGAUUUGAAUAGUUGUGUGUUUAUUUGUAAUGGGGUGGAGUGCGAUGUAAGCGGUUCUCUCACACGUGUACUCAUCUAACAAGAGUAAUCAGAAGCCCUUUUUCAGUUCAGUCAUGUUAAAUAAACAACAUUAUGUAGAAUGCGCGUACGACUCACCUGGUGAAGGCACUGCUGUGUGGUGUGCAAAGUGACUUAUGCAGUCAGGGAAGCGCAGGUUCAUGACCUGGCACUGCCAGGUUGCUUGGCUGGGAAUCAUACAGUGAUCUCUGCACUGACCCUGGCAGGCCCGCAGGAUGAGGAGGGCAUAUCAUCAGCACCUGCUUGCCCUCCGUGAUCUACAGUGGCCCAUACUGGCCAGGCACCCAGGAUCUCAACACACUGAACGUACUUGUAUAAGAGACUUGGACUGGCUUUGACUGAGACACACGAAAAUAUCCAAGAUUGGGCAAUGACUCGGGUUUCAAGAAACAGUGUUGAAAUUCCCUUUAAAGAAGUGCUCCCUGAGGAUCAAGACUGGGAACUGCUUAAUGGAAAAAAGGGCGCCUCUCAUGUCAUCAAACUCUGAAAUAGAGCUGGGAGGAGUGGUGUGGAGAACCACAGGCCAAUCUAAGUGGGGAGGAAAGGAAGGCUGUUAACAAAGAGAGGGAGAGGGAGAGGGAGUGCCACACACUAAGAACCAUCGACACAGCAUCCCCACUGUUGGGUAAAACAAGAGGAUUUGAAACAAACGCAGCAGAGAUGGGUCUGAAGGGCAUAAUCGUGGAUUGUUUUGUGGGAUUUUGGGAUUAUGAGACUGCAAAAAUUAUGGUGGUGAGGAACAGGCCUUUAGGAAUUAUCUAUCGGUUUGUGCAGUUCCUCAUUGUCACCUAUUUCACAUGGUACGUGUUCAUCAUUCAGAAAGCCUACCAGGAGAUUGAGACAGGUCCUGAGAGCUCCAUCUACACCAAGAUGAAGGGGAUCGCCUUGUCAGGGGACACAGUGCAGGACAUGGUGGAGUAUGUCAGGCCUUCAGAGGGCGGUGAUGUCAUCAGCGCUAUUCUGCGGAAAGAAGUGACUCAUAACCAGAGACAGGGUGUGUGUGCUGAGCAUUUUAGUGUUCCAGGUGCUAACUGCACCAAGGACUCGGACUGCACCCCUCAGGAGAUCGGCAUGCAGGGAAACGGUAAGAGGACUGGGCUCUGCGUGCCGUAUUACAAUCAAACCUUCAAGACCUGCCAGAUCAAGUCCUGGUGCCCCAUCGAGGAGUUUGCAGCUGUCAGGGAGCCGGCGCUGAAGGAGGCGAUCAACUUUACUGUCUUCAUCAAAAACACUGUCCACUUCCCCAAAUUCAGAGUCCACAGAGGAAACACCAAGGGGAAAAAAAAUCUGCAUUCCUGCACUUACAAUGCAGUCACUAACAUCUACUGCCCUGUCUUCACCCUGGGGUACAUCGCAAAGCAAGCAGAGGAGAAUUUCACUGAGCUGUGCGAGACGGGAGGGGUGAUCGGCGUGUUCAUCAACUGGAAGUGUAACCUCGACCUGGACCCCUCGGAGUGCUACCCCCAGUACGCCUUCCGACGGCUGGACCUGCGCAAGGACCUGAUCUCCUCGGGAUACAACUACAGGUUUGGAAAGUACUACAGCCGGAACGGCAGCGAGUACAGAUCGCUGGUCAAGGCUUUCGGGAUGCGAAUUGAUGUCAUUGUGCAUGGUGAGGCUGGGAAGUUCAGCGUCAUCCCUACCAUUAUCAACAUGGUAGCCGCUAUGACAUCUGUAGGGAUUUGCUCCUUCCUGUGCGACUGGAUUUUACUGACGUUUAUCGAUAAGAACGAAAUUUACAGCGACAUGAAGUUUGAUGGGAUCACCAGUCAAGACCCGGCCACAGAGAACACAACAGUGAGCCAGGACUCGACCCACACAGAUCUCUCUGAUAACGUCCAGCUCUGAUCACCCUACGGAGACCUCUCUCUGCUUACCUGGACAAUGCUUCCCCCUUAGAAAUCCCUACAAACAGAUUGCAAAGCGCGGACAGGUCCAGGAUGUCAGGAGGGCACAACAGCAGGGUGGGACAGUGUGGGCUGAUUCCUGGGGGUGUCUUGGUCCCAUCAAGGGGAAAGGGUCCAGGACAACGCUAAUGAAUCAGGGAAGACGUCCCAGUGUCUGAUUAUGAACUCCUAUUGGAGAAAGUCCUCUUGGACUGUCCAGUAUUUCUGAAUUUUGCCCCUCCACUGCAGUGUUUUAUUGUGCUACAAAUGUAUUAAUAACAGAUGAAGUUUGGGAGACUGUAACUUUUAUAAUAGUUUUUUUGGCUAGUUGGACAGUCUGUUCUAUGUUUUCCAGUCCGUAAACUCGGUAUUCACAAUACUUUUGUCACUAUGGCAGAUAUUGUGCCAUACUUUAGAAUUGAGAAUGUGUAAAGGCUCGGAUUUUAGUCCAUAUUCAGCCCAAAAAACUAUGCAAAAUAUAUAAAAAGAUUUGGCCCCUUUACUUUUGUCUUUAGUGCAUGCAUGCAUGUAUUAUAAAUACCUGUAUUCUGAAUAUUUCAUUGUCCAGAAUACUUUUUGCAUAUGAAAAUGAGACAUUUAUACAGCGAAAUGAUCAAGCUAAAGAUACAUCUACUCUGUAAACAUAUUAAUUAUUAUAUGAUUUUUGUACAGUUGAUUGUAAAAUCAAGCAACAUGUACUGGAUUUUGUGUUCAGUUUUCUUUCGCUGAGUCAACAGGAAAUAUCUGCAUGAAAAACUAAACAAAUGUUUGGGCUCUGCAGUGAAGCACUGGAAAUUGCCACACCCCUCCCCCAAACUGACUCUUCAGAGAACAGAGUCUGUAAAAAUGUUCGAUGUGCUCAGUGGGUGUCUGGCCAGAGCUAAUGCAAUAAAGAAAAUAUUUUUCCAACUAAAUGAGUCUGGAUAAUGUGAUUUGAGAGAAGUGAAAAUCUGUUUGUGCAAACCUGAUUAAAGCCAUGGGAGCAAUUGAUAACUAGCUCAGGUUUAAUGGACAGGAUUUGAUUUCAGCCCAGGCUCUGAUGACUAUUCACGAAAAGGGGAACAAGGCGGACUUAACCCCUUGUGGGCCACUAACAAUUUUAACCUGGGGAAUAUUUUUCAAUGCCUUGUAAUGCCACUACAACAUUUGUAGCACAAUAACCCAUUUGGAAAAUUGUUUCUCAUUCUGUUCUAUUAUUAUUAUUAUUAUUAUUAUUAUUAAGUUCUAUAUAAUGAAUAAAGUUAACAAAUACUAGAAAUCAUUAUUAAUUUUAACAGACAUUACCUAAUUGAGUAAGUCAGAGCCAAGAUCACUUCUGAAAUGACAAGGCUCUUUAUCAAUCAAUAAUGCCUGCUUCUGAAUGUUGCUGUUA